AUGUAAAUACAAAGAAAAGAUCAUAGCAAAUUGGCAAUAAUUGGAAAUGUUGAUUCUGGUAAAUCAACAUUAGUUGGUGUAUUGACAAAAGGUAUUUUGGAUGAUGGAAGAGGAGGUGCAAGAGAAGUACAAAAUAGCUUUAAUUUUAGCGUGUCUUCAAUUAUAAACAUGAGAAGGAGAAUGGAAGGACUUCAUCUGUGGCCUAGGAAAUUAUGGGCUUCGAUGAGAAUUUAAAAUAGGUAUUACCUGAGAGAUUCAAUCAAAAUAAAAACAAAUACUGGAGUUAAGUUGUAGAGAAGAGUGAAAAGAUUGUCACCUUCUUAGAUCUAUGCGGUCAUGAGAAAUAUUUGAAAACCACUAUAUUUGGUUUAGUAGCAAUGAUACCUGAUUACUCUUUGAUCAUUGUAGGUGCAAAUAUGGGUGUAUCAAAGAUGACAAGAGAACAUUUAGGUGUAAGUCUCUUCUUAAAAAUACCAUUCGCCAUCGUCCUAACAAAAGUGGACAUUGCACCUUAAAAUAUUUACAACGAAACUCUUGAACAUAUCAAAUCUCUGAUAAAGAGUCCUGCAAUUAAAAGAACUCCAAUAUAAUUUGAUGAGAAAUCUGAUAUGAAUGAAAUAGAUAAAUGGGCAGGAUUAAUGCAUGGAAAUAAUGUUGUGCCCAUCUUCCAAGUCUCCAGCGUAUCAGGAAAUGGGUUAUAGCAAUUGACUCGUUUCAUAAGCAAAGUGCCAAAUAGAGAUCAACUCAACAAAGCAUAUCAAACAGUCAACGAUCCAUUACAAUUUGACAUCUAAGAGAACUUUAAUGUCCCAGGAGUCGGAAUUGUAGUUAGUGGAAUAGUAAGAGGUGGAAAAGCAGUUAUUAACCAGCAUGUGCUAUUGGGUCCAGAUAAAGCUAAAUGUAAAUUUGAAAUUCUAUAGUAGAAUUUAAGCCUGUAACCAUUAAAUCAAUUCACAUCAACAGAGUCUUGACUGAUUCUGCAUAAGUAGGAGAAUUUGCUUGCUUUUCUCUGAAACCCUCCAAAGCUGGUGAUAAAUUAGAUAGAGCAGAUUUUAGAAAAGGGAUGAUUAUCAUUGACCCAGCUUUAAAAUAGGAACCUGUGACUGAAUUCGAAGUAUAAUAUUAUUCUAAUUCAGGCCAACAUCCAUAUCCUUCAUCAUCCUACUACAAUGAGCAAAGGAUAUCAAGCAGUUAUGCAUUGUGGAGUAGUUAGAUAGGCAGUCGAAAUUAAGAAGAUACUCCAACAUGAAGUAUUGAGAACUGGUGAUGUUGAUACUGUUCGGUAUAUUUCAAUUUUAAUUGUUAGAUUAAAAUUCUUAUAUGCAGCUGAAUUUUUAUAGACGGAUUAAAUUUUAGUAAUAAGAGAGGGAAGAACUAAAAUUUUUGGAUAUAUCUCAAAAUUAAUUACAGAUAAAUAAAUUGAUGAUGAGAAGAAAGCUUUAGUUGACCCAAAUCUUUAAGUAAAACAAUAAUUAUGA